AGUGAACACGCUCCAAGUGGAGCGGAAGUGACGUCAGCUGAUGCGUUCUUAUUGUUGAAGAGCGUUAGUCGUGUUAAAGAGCGAUUUGUUAAAUUCCAUCAUGCCCGAACGCGAAUCUGAAGUGUAUUCUAAUCCUCUGGCUCCAGACGGUCAUGAGGUAGAGGAUCAUCGAUCAGCGCUGCAAUCCAAGCUGACCAAUGAUGACUUCAGGAAGCUUCUGAUGACCCCUAGAGCCACCCCAUCCUCAGCUCCGCCCUCCAAAUCACGCCAUCAUGAGAUGCCACGGGAAUAUAAUGAGGAUGAGGAUCCUGCAGCUCGCAGACGGAAAAAGAAAAGUUACUACGCUAAACUGCGACAGCAGGAGAUGGAGAGAGAGCGUGAGUUGGCAGAAAAAUAUCGCGAUCGUGCUCGAGAGAGACGUGACGGCGUUAAUAAAGACUAUGAGGAGACGGAGCUCAUCAGCACCACUGCAAACUACAGAGCCGUGGGGCCCACUGCAGAGGCUGACAAAUCUGCGGCUGAGAAGAGGCGUCAGUUGAUCCAGGAAUCCAAGUUCUUGGGUGGUGAUAUGGAGCACACUCACUUGGUGAAGGGUUUGGAUUUUGCCCUGCUACAGAAGGUCAGAGCUGAAAUCACUAGUAAGGAGAGAGAAGAGGAAGAUAUGAUCGAAAAAGUGCAAAAAGAAGUCAAGAAAGAUGAAGAUCCAGAGCAGAAGAUUGAGUUCAAGACUCGUCUGGGUAGGAACAUUUACCGCAUCCUGUUCAAAGGUCGUCAGAUGGAGCGAAACGAGCUGUUCCUACCUGGUCGAAUGGCGUAUGUGGUGGAUCUGGAGGACGAGUACGCAGACACAGACAUCCCAACCACCCUCAUUCGCAGCAAAGCUGAUUGCCCCACCAUGGAGGCUCAGACGACACUCACAACCAAUGACAUCGUCAUCAGCAAACUGACGCAGAUCCUGUCAUAUCUGAGGCAGGGCACACGCAACAAGAAACUCAAGAAGAAGGACAAAGUGCGUCUGGAUGAGAAGAAAGCCCUAGAGGCAGACCUGAGCAUCUUCGAUGACAUAGGAGACUACAUCCCCUCCACCUCUAAAAGCAGCAGAGACAACGAGAAGGAGCGCUACUGUGAGAAAGAGAGAGAGAGAGAGAAGGAUCGUGAGCGAGAGAGGGAGAGAGAGAGAGAUCGGGAUGAAGAGAAAAGACGACACAGUUACUUUGAGAAGCCUCGUGCUGAUGAGGAGGCCAUGGACAUCGCUAAAGGUCCAGGCUCCGUAAAGGACCAGAUCAAGUUGAUCAAUGAGAAGUUUGCUGGAACCACUCAUUGGCAAGGACAGGAAUCUGGAAACAGAUGUGAGGAGAAGAAACAUCUUGGAGAUUUCUUUGGGAUGUCAAACAGUUACGCUGAAUGCUACCCUGCUACAAUGGAUGAUCUGGCUGUGGACAGUGAUGAAGAGGUGGACUACAGCAAGAUGGACCAAGGUAAUAAGAAGGGUCCUCUGGGCCGCUGGGACUUUGACACUCAAGAGGAAUACAGUGACUACAUGAACAACAAAGAGGCGCUGCCAAAGGCUGCCUUUCAGUAUGGCAUCAAAAUGUCAGAGGGCAGGAAGACUCGUCGCUUUAAAGAGACCAAUGAGAAGGCCGAAUUAGACCGUCAAUGGAAGAAAAUCAGUGCUAUCAUUGAGAAGAGAAAGAAGAUGGAGGCAGAUGGGGUGGAUGUCAAACGACCAAAAUAUUAAAGCUUCAUAAUUUCAUCAUUACGCUGCAUGUAUAUGAGAUAUAUACACAUAUAUACAUAAAAAAUUCAGAACUUAUUAAACUACUUCAAAGAGUUCUCAUCAAAAAAUCCUCCACGUGCAGCAAUGACAGCUUUGUAGAUCCUUGUCAUUCUAGCUGUCAGUUUGUCCAGAUACUCAGGUGAAAUUUCACCCCACACUUCCUGUAGCACUUGCCAUAGAUGUGUCUUGUCGGGCACUUAUCACACACCUUACAGUCUAGUUGAUCCCACAAAAGCUCAAUGGGGUUAAGAUCCAUAACACACUUUUCCAAUUAUCUGUUGUCCAAUGUCUGUGUUUCUUUGCCCACUCUAACCUUUUCUUUUUGUUUUUCUGUUCCAAAAGUGGCUUUUUCUUUGCAAUUCUUCCCAUAAGGCCUGCACCCCUGAGUCUUCUCUUUACUGUUGUACAUAAAACUGGUGUUGAGCAGGUAGAAUUCAAUGAAGCUGUCAGCUGAGGACAUGUGAGGCGUCUAUUUCUCAAACUAAAGACUCUGAUGUACUUAUCCUCUUUAGUUGUACAUCUAGCCUUCCACAUCUCUUUCUGUCCUUGUUAGAGCCAGUUGUCCUUUGUCUUUGUAGUUUUCACCUUUUGUAUGAAAUCUUCAAGCAUUGCAAUUGCCUACAUUCCUCAAAACAAUGAUUGACUGACAAGUUUCUAGAGAAAGCUGUUUCUUUUUAGCCAUUUUUGACCUAAUGUUGACCUUAAGACAUGCCAGUCUAUUUCAACACAAACACAAUGUUAAGAUUCAUUAAUCAAACCAAAUAGCUUUCAACUGUGUUUGAUAUAAUGGCAAGUGAUUUUCUAGUACCAAAUUAGCAAUUUAGCAUGAUUACUCAAGGAUAAGGUGUUGGAGUGAUUGGGGCCUGUCUAGAUUUGAUCAAAAAUGGCUUUUUUCAAAUGGUGAUGGUGCUGUUUUUUACAUCAGUAAUGUCCUGACUAUACUUUGUGAUCAGUUGAAUGCCAUUUUGGUGAAUUAAAGUACCAAUUUCCUUCCGAAA